AGUCCCACGCUAAUUAUGUUCCUUAAUAAUCCCACUCUUUAAAUACUCCUCUCAUCUUAUUCUUCCCAUCUUCAUCACCAAUCCUUCAUUCUCCUAAUACUAUUUCAAGUUUUCAAGAAAGCAGUUGUGACAGGUCAUUCAUUACCAUACAUUCAUCAUGAGAUUCUUAUCCGAACUGGGGUCUUGCUGUGGUGUCACCCCCGUUACACCGGCGGCGGAAACCACCCCUUCAGCCUUGACUUCACGGAAGCAGGAGGAGGUGGUCGGCGGUGGUCUAGGCCAGGGAGGAAACAGAAGCCAUGCAGCCGUGAUGGCCCCUGCAGGUAGCCUGAAAAGUGUGAAGUCCACAGGUAGGCAUUGGAAGCCUAGUCUUCAUAUGAUCUCGGAAGAUAGUGUACUGGUUUCUGAUAAGGGAAGAACAUCAAGAGUUGGAUCUGAUGAUCAAAAAUCUUCAGCUAAAGUCAAAGCUAAUUCUAGAUGUAAGGCAGCUGCUAAACCAACAUAUCAUGGAGAAGAUUACUGGAAAUCAUCCUCCUUGUGGGCCAUACCAGCCUUCGCUCCGUCGCCGUUUUGAUUUCUGGCUAGUUUGGGCUUCUUUUUUUUUUUUUUUGUCAAUGGUUCUGGAUCUGAACAAGUGCAUACAGAUUUUGUAAGGAUGAAUUGUAAUUUUGCUAGUUGCUAAUGUAUAUGCAUCAUCAUUUUAUGUUGGCGAGUA